UCUCUCCCUCAGAAAAAGGUCUAUAAGGAUCAGAUGGAGUUCAUGCUGCAGAACCACGUGUUCCCCCUGUUCCGCAGUGAGCUGGGCUACAUGAGGGCCAGGGCGUGCUGGGUGCUGCACUACUUCUGUGAGGUGAAGUUUAAGAGCGACCAGAACCUGCAGACGGCGCUGGAGCUCACCAGACUCUGCCUCAUCAACGACAACCAGAUGCCCGUCAAGGUGGAGGCGGCCAUCGCACUACAGGUCCUCAUCAGCAACCAGGAGAAAGCUAAGGAGUACAUCACGCCGUUCAUUCGGCCGGUGAUGCAGGCUCUUCUGCACAUCGUCAGGGAGACGGAAACUGAUGACCUCACCAGCGUGAUCCAGAAGAUGAUCUGUGAAUACAGCGAGGAGGUGACGCCCAUCGCCGUGGAGAUGACCCAGCACCUGGCCAUGACCUUCAACCAGGUCAUCCAGACGGGCCCAGACGAGGAGGGAGGAGACGACAAGGCCGUCACGGCGAUGGGCAUCCUCAACACCAUCGACACACUGCUCAGCGUGGUGGAGGACCACAAGGAGAUCACGCAGCAGCUGGAGGGUAUCUGUCUUCAGGUGAUUGGAACAGUCCUGCAGCAGCAUGUCCUGGAGUUCUAUGAAGAGAUCCUGUCCCUGGCGCAUUCUCUUACCUGCCAGCAGGUGUCGCCACAGAUGUGGCAGCUGCUGCCUCUUGUCUUUGAGGUCUUCCAGCAGGACGGCUUUGACUACUUCACAGACAUGAUGCCUCUGCUUCACAACUAUAUUACCGUGGAUACGGACACUCUGUUAUCAGACACCAAAUACCUGGAGAUCAUUUACAGCAUGUGCAAGAAGGUCCUGAUGGGCGAGGCGGGGGAAGACCCAGAAUGCCAUGCUGUCAAGCUCUUGGAGGUGAUCAUCCUGCAGUGCAAAGGGCGUGGCAUCGACCAGGUGGUGCCGCUGUUUGUGGCGUCCGCUCUGGAGCGCCUGACGCGGGAGGUGAAGACCAGCGAGUUGAGGACCAUGUGUCUGCAGGUUGCCAUAGCAGCACUUUACUACUCUCCACCCCUCCUCCUCAACACACUGGAGAAUCUCCGCCUCCCCAACCACACCCAGCCAAUCACAAACCACUUCAUCUCUCAGUGGCUUAAGGACGUAGACUGCUUUCUGGGGCUCCACGACCGUAAGAUGUGUGUGUUAGGCCUGUGUGCGCUGAUGGACAUGGAGCAGCGGCCCCAAGCGGUCAGCCAGGCGGUCGGCCAGCUGUUGCCGGCGGCGAUCCUGCUGUUUAAUGGGCUGAAGAGAGCGUACACCUGCCGCGCUGAACACGAGAACCAGGACGACGACGAUGACGAGGAGGGAGAAGAAGACGAGGAUAACGCGGAGCUGGGCAGCGAUGAGGAUGAUAUAGAUGAUGAAGGCCAGGAGUAUCUGGAGAUGCUAGCGAAGCACGCAGGGGAGGACGGAGAUGAUGAAGACUGGGAGGAAGAUGAUGCUGAGGAAACUGCACUAGAGGGAUACACCACCGCCGUGGACGACGAAGACAACAACGUGGACGAGUACCAGAUCUUCAAAGCCAUCUUACAGAAUCUGCAAACACGAGACCCUGCGUGGUACCAGGCCUUGACUCAGACGCUGGAUGAGGACCAGACCAAAACCCUGCAGGACGUCAUCACACUGGCUGACCAGAGACGUGCCGCUCACGAGUCCCGGAUGAUUGAGAAGCACGGUGGCUACAAGUUCAACGUUCCUGUGGUCCCCUCCAACUUCAAUUUUGGCGGGACGGCCCCCGGGAUGAACUGAGUCCCUACCCCCCCCUCCCUUCCCCCCCCCUUUCUAACUCUGUGACUGAUUGUAGUGAAGUGAAAAGCUUGUGUUGUUCCCGAUCUGGCUCGGCUCACUCUUCAAUCUGACUAUCAAAUUGGACAUAGCACCAGAAGACGUGGGAGGACAACAAACGCAACCAACGGCUGGGACAGACUAAAGGGCAACACCCCGAACACACUCGAGACUUGAACACACUUGACCCCCGAACACAAACUCGAGACUCGACUCUGCUCUGGACGACGCUUUCCCCCAUAGGAACCAGCCUUCUGGCGACCAAUGGCGGCAGCUCUACGGUCUUCCCACUCCCCUCCAUGGGACUAAAUAGGAUCUGACUCUCCCCCCCCUCCACCCUGGAGCUGCUGGAGACACUCCCGCAGCGCUUUAGUUUUUUCUACAUCACCCAGUCUCAUAUCUCGUUGUAAAUAGAAGCCGCCCGGGUAUCCAUGGCGACGCUCACGUUUGGUGCGCGCUCAGCUCAGCUCUAGCGAAGGAGGCACUAUGUGAAGCCGGAUCUGAUCUGUGUAAAUUCAUGACUAGCACUUUCCUAUUGUUCAGGUCUCUUAGUCUCCUGGCGCAGACUGCAGCUGGUUUUUAACCGAUUGAAACUAUUUAAACAGACGUGAGGUGAGGUGAGGUGAUCGGAGCGGAGCGGAGCUGAGCCCGGGGGCGAGCCGAGGUCUCGUCCGUGCUACCAGGGGGUGCAGGGUUCUAAACACGAGGCUGACGUUCUGCGGAGAGCCGACAGUGCCGGGGGCUGGAGCUCAUGGGUUCUUCAUUGAAGCAUGUACUGUUGGACUUGAUUGUGAAGCUCUCAAGCUUUUGGUUGAUGUAUGGAUGAACCAUCUAUAUAUACAACGUAUUAAAACAUUACGCUGGA